AUGACUCGACCGAAGCCGACAAUCGAUUACUCGCUGUAUCUGGUGACAGGUCGCGAGCUGCUACCACAGUGCAAGGACUACUUCGAAUCCCUCGAAGAAUCCUUACAGGGAGGCGUGACUCUCGUGCAGAUCAGAGAGAAAAACACUGAAACUGGGGAGUUCCUCGAGAUCGCCCGUAGGUCCAAGGAAAUAUGCCGAAAGUACAACGUACCUAUCCUCAUUAAUGACCGCAUCGAUAUUGCCCUCGGCAUGGGCGCUGAUGGCGUCCACAUUGGACAGACCGACAUGCCCAUAGCGGUUGCUCGUUCUCUGCUUCCGGAUAAUGCGGUUAUCGGCGUUACUUGCAACACGGUGGAGCAUGUCAAACAAGCGGUCAAGGAUGGUGCUGAUUAUGUCGGCAUUGGGCCGGCAUGGACUACUCAGACCAAGAAGCUGACAAGUCCCGUUGUUGGCGUGAGGGGCCUUGGGGACAUGCUAAAGGCUCUUGAUGGGACGAAUGUCAAGGCAGUCUCGAUCGGUGGAAUCAAGUCGACAAAUGCCUUGCAUUGCUUGCACGGAGCAGUGUCUACGACAGGUCACACGCUCGAUGGAUUGGCGGUGGUGAGUGAUAUCGUGGCGUCACCGGAACCUAAAGUCGCGGCCGAAAAGCUCGCCACCAUCGUACGGGCAUUCAAGUCCAACCCGCCGUCAAGAUUCUCUCUUCCAAGUGGCAUUUAUUCUCCCGAGUAUCUGAAGGACCGCGUCGGGGCAUUGAUAUCCUCCAUCAGAGAACAUGGCCCUUUAAUUCAGCAGAUUACGAACACCGUCGUAACCACCCAGUCUGCAAACGCCACCCUCGCUCUGGGCGCAUCACCGAUCAUGGCCACCGCCCCACAAGAGAUGGAAGACCUGAGCAAGGCCAUCGGCGCGCUGCUCGCCAACUUCGGCACUAUCGCAGAUCUGGACGGGAUGCUUUUGGCAGGCAGGCAUGCGAAUAUAAACCGCAAGCCGAUCGUGUUCGACCCUGUAGGUGUGGGCUCAUCGCGGUACAGGCGAACAUCUGCCGAUACGCUGCUUAAUACAUGGCAAGCCACGGUCAUCAAAGGCAACGCAGGAGAACUCGCUUCGUUGGCGAACUCUCAAGAGGUUCAAUCAAAAGGCGUGGACAGCGUCGGUACAGGCUUUAAAGACCCAGUCAACUUCGUACGCGAUCUCGCCCGGAAAGAGCGCAGCAUAGUCGUCCUGACCGGUGUACAAGACUACGUCUCGAACGGAGAGAUCGUCGUUCGCUUGUCCAACGGCCAUCCUUAUCUGGGCGAGAUCACCGGGUCCGGAUGUAUGGUCGGCACCUGUGUGGCGACCUUCUGCGCGGCAGGGCGGUUAGAUGAGAUCGGCAGCGAGUCGCAAUUGGAGGAUGGGAAACUCGUGCGCGGUGAUAUGCUCGUUGCUGCUGUGGGAGGAGUGCUAGCUCUCACGGUGUCUUCCGAGUAUGCGGCCGCAAGGGAGGACGUCAAAGGCAGCGGGACGUUCUUGCCCGCCCUCAUUGACGAGCUGGGCAAGUUGUCGGCACAGAAAAUCGGGGAGACUGCUAAGAUAGAAGUAUUCCGAGGACUAUAG